ACUCGGGGCGCUGCAUGCGUAUGUCAAACGUAUGCGAGGCAGACGGCAUCAAAAGGAGAAGUGAAAGUAACAAAUUACAUGUGACAUCACGUAACUUUUUUUUGAGAGGUCAUCACAUCAGGUCUAAAGCUGCAUUUGCUUGAGAAACAGCGUGGAAGAAGAAAAUCCAGCCGUGAUAGCCACACAUGUGGUGCCGAAUGUCUCAGAUCGAGUCAAGUGUCUCGCGUCAGCGUCCGGCCAUGCGAUGACAUUCGAAUUGGCGCCAAGAUGAGUGAUGAGCCGCUGUUGGAAGAGAAGCUGAUCAAGCGAUCGCAGCAGAAGAGGAGGAUGUCUCCACUCAACUACAAGGAGAGGCUGUUUGUCCUGACCAAGAACAGCCUCAGCUACUACGAUGGCAAGGCGGAGAAAAAGUUCCAGAGAGGCUCCAUCGAGCUAAGUCGCAUCCGAUGCGUGGAGGUGGUCAAGGAUGAUGGCGGGCUCAACCCCUGCCAGAACAAAUAUCCUUUCCAGGUGGUGCACAACACUAACACGCUGUAUGUGUUCACGCCAAGCCACAACAGCCGGAGUGCCUGGGUCCAGCGAAUGAAAGAAGAGAUCCGAGACAACCGGGAGAUCCUGACCAAGUUCCACCCGCAGUUCUGGUGGGAGGGCGAGUGGCUGUGCUGCCGUCAGGAGGAGAAGCAAGCCCCGGGCUGUGAGGAGUACAACCCGUUUGGAGGUGCUUCCAGGAAACCGCUGCCCCCGAUUCCCGCCGAGGACGGCACAUAUGGGAGGAUACCCGCCCAUUCGCGCGUUCCCGCACACGGCCAAAAGCCCCCCUCCUUCCCACAGCACCUGCAACCGCUCCUUCCCGAGGCUUGCGACUAUGGUGAGGAGACCGUGGUGGCGCUAUACGACUUUGAGGGCAGCGAGCCGCACGACCUCAGUCUUGUCAAAGGAGGCGAAUACGUCAUCGUGGAGCGUUGCGAUGUCAACUGGUACAAAGCGCGCAACCAGGACGGGGAAGAAGGCUACAUCCCGAGUAACUACGUCGCUGAGAAAGAAUCCGGGAACCUGGCGCAGUUUGCCUGGUACAGCAAGCAUGUCAACAGGAACAAGGCUGAAGAGCUCCUGCGGAAAGAGGACAAAGAGGGCACCUUCAUUGUCAGAGAGUCCAGCACCAGGGGAACUUACACGGUGUCGCUCUACAGCAAGUCCGUGGCAGGGAAUGGAGGCGGCGGUAUUAAACAUUACCGCAUCAGGGAGACCAAAGACUCGCCCAAACAGUUUUACCUGGCGGGGAAGCACGUGUUUCAAUCUAUCGCUGAACUCAUCACGUACCAUCAACACAACGCCGCAGGCCUGGUCACCAGAUUGAGAUAUCCUGUCGGGAAAGAGGACAGGUCGGCUCCGUCCACAGCCGGCUUCAGCUACGAGAAGUGGGAGAUCAACCCCAGCGACUUGACCUUCAUGAAAGAGGUCGGCAGCGGUCAGGCCGGGGUGGUGCGACUCGGCAUGUGGAGGGCACAGCACAAAGUUGCCAUCAAGGCCAUCAAACAGGGCGCCAUGUAUGAAGAGGACUUCAUCGAGGAGGCCAAGGUCAUGAUGAAGUUGUCCCAUCCCAAGCUCGUGCAGCUGUACGGCGUGUGCAGCCAGCAGCGGCCCAUCUACAUCGUCACCGAGUUCAUGGAGCACGGCUGCCUGCUGGACUUCCUGCGGAGUCGGCGGGGAUACAUGGGCGCCGCCUCGCUGCUGAGCGUCUGCCUGGACGUGUGCGAGGGCAUGCAGUACUUGGAGAGUAGCAGCUUCAUUCACAGAGAUCUGGGGGCCAGGAACUGCCUGGUGAAUGACGCCCUGGUUGUCAAGGUGUCUGAUUUCGGCAUGGCCAGGUACAUUUUGGAUGACCAGUACACCUCGUCGUUGGGGUCCAAGUUCCCCGUGAAGUGGUCGCCUCCAGAAGUCUUCAACUUCUGCAAAUACAGCAGCAAGUCGGACAUCUGGUCCUACGGGGUGCUGAUGUGGGAGGCGUUCACCGAAGGCCGCAUGCCAUUUGAGCACAGUGACAACCACGAGGUUGUUGCCUUGGUAACAGAAGGUCACCGCCUCUACAGGCCCAAGCUUGCCACCGAGGCCAUCUAUGACAUCAUGCAGAUGUGCUGGCAGGAGAGACCUGAGGACCGUCCGUCCUUCUCCCAGCUGUGCCUCAUGAUCUCUGAUGUCCUGGAGGGCGAUGGCACACUCGCUAACUGACAGGUGUCAAUAUCCACGCCUCACAAAGAAGACUGUCCCUUUAAAACACUUCGCAAACGAGAUGACCGCUGUACUACUUAGCCACAUCUAGCCAGCAAUCAACACAACGUUUUUGAAAACACCGCCAACUUGAGACACAAGUGACCUGACAUUUUUCUUGGGACUGUCAUUUGGAUGGUUUUUUUUUGUCUUCAUCCAUCCAUCCAUCGGUUUUCCGAUCCGAUUAUCCUCACAAGGGUCGCGGGGCGUGUUGGAGCCUAUCCCAGUCGUCUUCGGGCAGUAGGCAGGGGACACCCUGAACCGGUUGCCAGCUAAUUGCAGAGAUGAAAAACCAUCCAUGCUCACACUCACGCCUAGUGACAAUUUAGAGUGUUGCAUUAACCCACCAUGCAUGUUUUUGGAAUGUGGGAGGAAACCGGAGUACCCGGAAAAAAAACCACGCAGGCCCGAGGGAGAACAUGCAAACUCCACACAGGGAGGCCGGAGCUGGAAUUGAAACCCGUACCUCUGCACUGUGAGGUCGACGCACUAACCACUAGUCCACCGGGCCACCCCUUUUUUUUAAUUAUUAUUAUUUUUUUACUUGGACUUGUGAGCAGAGACUUAAGAUUCGAGUGCUGCAUAAGUGCCAGCAAGUCAACAUACUCAGUAAGCAACAGAUUA